AUGCCUCCUACACUUGUUGCCGCCUGUCAUGUUGCCCCUCACUUUUUAUCUGCCCGAAAAAGCGUCGACAAAGCUGUUUCCCUUGUUAGCCAGGCAGCCAAGAAUUCGGCCAAUCUAGUGGUCUUCCCUGAGACAUAUAUCUCGGCUUUCCCCGUAUGGAGUGCUCUACGUCCGCCAACCGAGAACCAUGACCUAUUCCACCGUAUGGUCCAGGAGUCCAUUUACGCAGAUGGUGAAGAAGUACAGGCCAUCCGGAAUGUUGCACGAGAGACAGAAACCGUUAUCAGUAUUGGUAUCUCCGAGAAAUCUCGCUCCAGUACAGCCUGCCUGUAUAACUCAAACCUGAUCAUCGAUGACGCGGGUGAGGUUGCUGUGCAUCACAGGAAGCUGAUGCCGACGUUCUUCGAGAAACUCAUCUGGAGCCCUGGGGAUGGCCACGGCUUGCGAGUGGCUGACACACCUUGUGGCCGGAUCGGCGCUCUCAUUUGUGGCGAAAACACCAACCCACUAGCUCGCUAUUCGCUGAUGGCACAAAGAGAGCAGAUUCAUAUUUCUUCCUGGCCGCCUAUCUGGCCCACUCGCCUUCCAGCCGCACCUGGUGAAUCUGCUGAGCAGUGCCGGGCCCCAGCGAACUACGACAACGUCCUCGCCAACCGGCUUCGCGCUGCUGCCCAUUGUUUUGAAGCAAAGACCUUCGGCGUCAUGUGUAGCGGCUUCCUCAACAAAGAAGCCAUCGAGAAUAUUGUCGCCAGCUCCAGAUUACCAGUUAUCAUCCAAAAUGCAUUAGAAAGUUCCCCACAAGGUGUAACUAUGUUUUUGGAUCCGACAGGAGCGCCUCUUCCCUCAUUCACUCUCCACAUGCAAACCAAGGCAAAAAUAGCUUGCGAAUUUUUGCAGGCGGAGGAGGGUGUUCUCUAUGCUGAAAUGGAUCUCGAUCGCUGUAUUGAAGGAAAGCAAUAUCAUGACGUUGUUGGAGGAUAUCAGAGGCUGGAUGUGUUCCAACUGCAAGUUAACAGGUCUCGAAAGGACCCCGUCGUCUUCAUGGAAGGCAAAGAAACUAAAGAAUGA